GAGAGAGAGGGUAGACAGGACGAGAGAGAGGGUUGAGAGAGAGAGGGAAAGAGAGCCACGAGGAGGGGUUGUGAGUCUGGAUGUAUGCAGUAACUUGGUGGGACUGGGGGGGAAUGAUAUUGGUACUGGGAUGACCCCCCACCAACAAAGAGACACUGGAGGGACCAAUACAGACAAUCACAACAACCCUCCAAACCACAACCCACCCAAAAUCCUGCCUGUCUCUGGCAAACUAGAGCAGAACAACUCCGGGCUGGUUCGUCCUUCUGCCUUCAAACCAGUGGUUCCCAAAAGCUUUCACUCCAUGCAGAACCUCAUAGGCCAAACCACUAGUGGUGAGGGUAGGGGUGCGGGGGGGCGUAGAGAUGGAGGAGCAGGGGGAGGAGAACCAGGGGCAGUUCCAGAGGCCCUCAUUCUAGACCAGGACAGCCCAGGAAGAGGCAGCUGCCGGGCAGAGGGAGCAGGAGGGGGUGAGGGAGCAGGAGGGGUCCAGGGGGGGAUGUCAGAUUCGGGGAGAAACUCCUUGACCAGCCUGCCCACCUACACAGGCUCUGGGUCGGGCUAUGUGCCCCCAGGGGCCCUGGGUACUCUCAGUGCUUCUACCAGCCAUAUCAACAGACUGGGGACCACAGCUGGAGCUGCAGCGGCUCAGGACAAGCUGGAGAAACCAGGCUACCAGAAUGGGCUGAGUGCCUCGGACAGUGGCCACUCCUCUUCAGGAAAGAGCUCCUCAUCCUAUCAGAGGCUGAGCCACCUGGGGGACACCCCAGCACCCCUUCGCCCCUCGCCUUCCUCUGAUGACGUCAUCCAAGACCUGGAGGACCGGCUCUGGGAGAAGGAGCAAGAGGUGCAGCACAUGCAUCGUAACUUGGACCAGAGCGAGGCAGCCAUCGUCCAGGUUUUUGAGGAGAAGCAGCGCGUGUGGGAGAGACAGAUGGAAGAGCUGCGACAGAACUAUGCCUCCCGCCUGCAGCAGGUGACCACACAUUCCACAGCGGCAUUAACCAAUAAGAAUCCACCAAAUGUUGUUCGUCUCUUCCUCUGUGUACAGGUGACGCGCCGCGCCCAGCGCUCCCAGAAUGCCCUGCAGGCCCAGAUCACCCGUCUGUCGCAGGACAAGCGGCGCCUGCAGGAGGAGAUGCCUGCCUUGCUGGCCCAGAGAGAAGAGCUGGAGAGGAAGUGUCUGGACUUCAAGAAGGAACAGGCCGACAUACUGCCACGCCUGGAGGAGACCAAGUGGGAGGUAUGUCAGAAAGCGGGGGAGAUCUCCCUGCUGAAGCAGCAGCUGAGGGAGAGCCAGGUGGAGGUGACCCAGCGGGCGGGAGAGAUGGUGGCCCUCAGGGGUCAGCUGAAAGAGGCCAACGCUCAGCUGAGAGACCGGGAGGAGGUCAUGCUGGGCCUCAAGGACUCCUACACCAACAAGAGCCUGGAGCUGGAGCGCUGCCAGGGAGAGCUGAGGAGGACGCUGACUGAGGUGUCUAUCCUGAGGGAGAAGCUGGGUGUGUUUGAGGUUGAGGUUCUGGGUCUUAAACGAACUCUGGGGGAGCUGGGCGGAGCGGUUGAUCCUGCAAUAACACAAACCCUAGCAGCAGGAGGGCUACUCCCCCCCUGGGGGGCUCUCUACUGCCUCCGCACCCCCACUGAGCCCUCAUCCACCCCCCUUACCCACACCUCAGAUGCCCUGCUCAGCUUUCAGAGUGAUGAGGCAAAAGCCCAGAGGCAAGAGACACAGAGACAGGAGAGGCAGCAGCGUGAAGAGGCCCAGUGGUGUGACAUGCAGCCACGCCAGGAGGCCCAUCUCCGUCAGGAGGCUCAUCUCCACCAGGAAUCCCAACUGCGUAAGGAAGCUCAACUUCGUCAGGAAGCCUACUUGCGUCAGGAGGCCCAGCAGCAGCAGCAGCGCCAGGAGGCCCAGUGGGAGGAAUCAGGGAACCUGCGUGAGCAGCUGGAACAGCUCCAGGGGGCCUUACGUCUAGAACGUCAGCAGAGAGAGCUCCAAGCCCACAGUUUUGACCAGGAGCGACACACCUGGAUUGACGAGAAGGAGCGUGUGCUGAAAUACCAGGCGCAGCUUCAGGUCAGCUAUGUGGAGACUCUACAGAAAAACCAGGCUCUAGAGCAACAGGUGGGACAGCUGGGGACCAAACUUACCCCCUCCCCAUCUUCCAGCUCCCCUCCCCCACCACCAGCCCUGUCAACCCUCCCUCCCCUGCCCGCCGUCCCUCUCCCUGCCCCCAUUGCACUCACCCUCUCACCCCUGCACUGUGAGGACCAGAAAGGCCCCCCUUCCCUCCUCCAGCUGCCCUCACCCUGGGCAGGGCCCUCACGCCUGGAGAGGAUAGAGUCCACUGAGAUUUAGAGAGGCUCCAUUCUACUGAAUAUCAACUUGAUUACAAACAACAAAAGACAUAUUAAACUACAAAACAGAACUGCAACGCAAACUGUACCAUUGCAUAUUGUACAGUUAAAACAACCAAUGCAAACUGAACAGCAGAGAACAAUACAAUAGAGUUUAGACUAUGAACACAAACUAUAAUUGAAUACAAUACAGUAUUAAAGAAAACAACAGAAAAACAAACUGAAAGGCUACAUUAUAGAAUGCAAUGUAAACUACAUUACAAGCAAAGUACACUAUAUCUGAAUAUUAAAACUAAACUACUCAAUCCUGUCAAUGAUAAAGUGUCCAUUGCUUACCAGGCAGUCUUGGUGGGAAGCAGUGACACUCAGAUGGAAGCAAGAUUGGCACCAAAAGUUCCAAGAUGAUAACAUUCUAGUUUGAAUGCAAAUAACCAUGUUAUUGUUCUGGGAGGCUUGGUACCAACCUGGAGGGUAGUUUGCCAAAAUGCAUGUCUAUGAUAAUGGGACAUGAAGUCGGGGAAAACAGAAUCAUAUUUUAGAGGAUAAUCAGGGGCGAUGUUUUCCAGAAUGUGCUUGUCUUUUCCAUUUCUGGGCCGAUGUUUCUCUCAGAAGGUGUGUGAGAGGAUUGUGAUGAGAAAGUGGAUGUGUCUGGAAAGUGAAAAUUGUGGAUGAAAAAUCCAAAGUGGUUUUUAAUAGGAGGAAAUUAGGAGAAUAGUAGUAUAGUUGAUUGGUUGGUUCCGUUUCAGCUCAUUUCCUGAAGUGGCUUGAGAUGAAAUGUAGUCGAACUCUGAAUGAUUCUUAAUGUAGAUUCAGGGAUAUUGGAGAACCUCCCACUAGGCACAGAUGUCAUUUCAACGUCUCUUCGACAUUGGUUCUUCGUCAUUUCAUUGAAACGAUGUGGAAACGACAUUGAUAAAACCAGUAUGUGCCCAGUGGGCUGGCUCUCUGGCACUACAAACUGUCCGCGGUGACUAAAGAUGAACACAAGGGGUCCGCAUUGAGCUGUGUCAGACCUCCCCACCAGCAGAGAAAAUUACUUGACACGGGAAACACACUGGCUUUACUCGGAUAUUGUCAUUAUUUAUACUUUCAAGAUCAUGCUUUUAUGACGCAAGAGUGGGAGGAGAGGAGAAGACCAAGUGACAAGAGUGAGCAGAAAGAAUGAGGUGAAAAAAGUGAGGACAGAGCUGAAACUGACUUCAUAUGUAAAAAUAGGAGGCAAGUGAGAGUACAGUAGUGGAAGAAUGAGAGCUUGGUCCAGAGAAAGGCUGAAUUAACUUUCACCCACCCAGCCCUUUCAAAUCAGCAAGGGUGCCAGUUUUCAAAAUGGGAUGCAUCCCAAAGAGUUAGAGAGCCAGACAAAGGAAGACAUUGCCUUCCCUAGGUAGGGUUCAGACUUACUGCACUAUGUCCUAUUGAGGAGAUCAGACCGAAAGUAGACUCGAUUAGAUGUGAAUAGUAUGGCUUUUAUGUGUUCAUGUUUAUUCCAGCAUACCAAGAUACUGCGUGUGAAUAUUUAAAGAAAUCAAAUUAUUACUAUUACAAUUGUUAUUAUUAUUCUUGUGAAUCGGACAAGUAUUAUAAGCUUUUCUUGAAUGUUUCUUAACUGUAUGAAUGCUAGUUUAGAUCUACUACAUGGUUCAACCAUAUUGUAAGAAUAUGUCGAAAAUCAACUACUAACAAUAUCAACUAUAUCCAAAGCCGUUGUUAGUUUCUUUUUUUGUUGUUGGUGAUGUCAAUGUAAUUACUGUAUUGUUUUAGAGGGGAAAUUGCCACCAAUGUUUUUGUACUUAUUUUAACGGUUUGUAUUUAUGUUACUGUAAUGGCUUGAUGAAGAUCACUCCUGGGUAAAAUCAAACAGAAUCAAUAAAGAUGCAAGGA